CCGCCGAUAGAAGUGAGUGUGCUCCGGUGGAGUGGUAUUAGAAAGUUUAAUUGUUUUCUUUUUGUGUAUAUGCAAAAUCGGCUUUGGUUCUUUAUAUCAUUAAUUUAAGGUAACUUGCCGGCAAUAAACUUGAAGUGAUUAAAUUAUUGUUAUAAAAAAUGUACAUUCAAAAUUAUAUGUGGGGCUUUCGAAGAAGUACCUAAAUAUUGAAAAUAAAAUAAAGGUAUAAAGAAGCAAAAAAUGUGUAUAAUAUGAAGACAUUUUUCAAACAAUGUAAUGUGAUCGAUUAUAUGUAAAUGUUUAGCAUCUUCUUGGCACAUAUGUGGAAAUGUAAAUAAUAUAAACAUUGUGAAUGCAAAAGUAUGCAGUAUGAACUAUACGUCUAACACAUCAUUUAAAGUCGAAUUUCACAUCGGAAUAAGUGAUUUAUAUUUAUGAUGGAAAGAUUAAAUAUGGAGAGACAUCUAUAAAGAGUUAUGUCGGUGACAUGCAGCUAAAACCUCUUCUCUGUUAACACAUGAAUUUUAUCAAUGGAUUGCGCGGAAAUAUUAGGCCUCCAUUUUAAACCAACUUGUGUAACACUGCAAUGUAAUGAAAAAAGAAAUGCAAACCACCAAGUUAUAAGAAGUAGAGGAGUCGCAACAUCAACGAUUAAAACCUUUCCAGUUGAAAAUAUAAGAAGAACUUUCAAUAUAGAGACAACUGUACGUCAUCCUAUUUUCAAAUUAAGAAGACUUCAAUUAAAACAGUCAUCCGUUGCUGAGACAUGCUCGAUACAAUCACCGAUUAACGACUGCUUAGGUAGUGCUAAAUCGCAUAUAAGUACUUCCAGAUCAAAGAUAAUUUCUUCCAAUGUGACGUUGUUUACAAACAGUAUGCCUUUUACAUCAAAGGCAAAUACUAAUUUACCAUCAUAUUUUGUAACCAACAACGCGUUAUUAUCACCUCCAAAGUUAGAAAGUUCCGGCCAGAAAAUGCUGUUUAUCAAAAGUAUUGAAAUUAUAAAGAAAAUAUUGCUCAUUCAAAUUUUGACCAGAAUAACAGCGACAGAGAGCACUUAUGUAAUAAAUUCAUCGAAACAUCCAUUAAAAUUCCUGAUAAUGAAAGUACGCAAAGUAUUAUUUGCUUUCGCGUUUUUUACUUUUGUAUUUCACUUUGAUGUUGUUUUAUCUGAUCAAGUUAUUCUUCUGGAUACAACAAGAGAAGCUACUUUGGAGUGGACUCGUUAUCCUUAUGGACCACAAGCUCAAACUCCAGGAUGGGUGGAGGAAUCAUUUACAGAUUUUGUGAAGGGCAUUAAUUGGCGAAGCUAUGUGGUUUGUGAUGUUGCAUAUAACAAUGUCAAUAAUUGGUUAUGGUCUCCAUUUAUUGACCGGGGGCCUGCGAACCGACUAUACAUUGAAAUUCAAUUUACCAUACGUGAUUGUUCCCUAUUUCCAGGAAAUGCACUGUCAUGCAAAGAAACGUUUAGCCUUUUAUUCUACGAAUUUGAUGCUGCCACUCGAGAACCUCCACCCUGGCAAACCGAUAGUUAUAAGUUAAUCGCUCGAAUAGCUGCUGGUGAAGGACGUUUCAAUCAAAAUUCUGAUGUUGACAUAAACACUGAAGUCAAAAGUAUAGCCGUAACCAAGAAAGGUGUUUAUUUUGCUUUCCGUGAUCAAGGGGCUUGCAUUAGUGUAUUAGCCGUAAAGGUUUACUAUAUCACUUGUCCUGCAGUAACAGAAAAUUUUGCUCAUUUCAAUGAAACGCCAACGGGCAGGGAAAUCACAAUAAUUGAAAAACAAAAUGGUACAUGUGUUGAAAAUGCGGAACCAUAUGAGACACCUACUUACUUGUGUAAAGGAGAUGGUAAAUGGACAAUUCUAACUGGGGGGUGCCACUGUAAGGUUGGCUAUGAACCAGAUUUCUCCAAUAAAACUUGUAAUGAAUGUCCAGUUGGAAAAUUUCGUUCAAAAGAGGUUAACAAAUGUGUACCAUGCCCCCCUAAUUCAAAUGCACCGAAAGUUGGGGCAGGAUUUUGUAAAUGCCUUCCUGGUUAUUAUCGGCAUCCACAUGAUGGAAAACAUAUGCCUUGUUAUAAACCGCCUGGACCUCCCACAAAUUUAACUUUAUUAUUUGUGGACCAAACAAGUGCGAUUCUAUCAUGGAAUGUGCCCACAAAAGAGUUUUCAGAAUCACAACUUUCUUUGAAACAAACUAAAUACCGCAGUGAAAUUAUGUACAAAGUGAGAUGUCUAUCGUGCUCAUCCAAUGUUGUGUACAACCCAGCAUCGGACACAUUUAAUGAAACAAAAUUAACCUUAACUAAUUUAGAGCCAGUAACAACGUACACAAUUCAAAUUCAUUCUCUAAAUGGUCUUUCAUAUCUAAUGGACGCGGACAAUGGUAGCAAUGAUACUUCUGAAAAUCAUAAUAAUGCAGGCAACUUUGAAUCUUUUGACGCAACGCCUGAAAAUCCAUUAAUGUCUAGUAAUGGAAAAUCGGCGGUCAGUUUAGUAAACAGUCAGGCUUUCGACUUAAAUCAAAUAAAGACUGAAUAUGCUGAUAUUACAUUCAAGACAGAGUCUGCUAUUCUGUCCACAGUAUUUAAUGUUCGCAUUGUUGCGACCACAAGUAGGGACGUAGAUUUGGUAUGGGACAAACCUGUGCAAAGCGAUUCUCCUAUUGAAUUUUAUGAGGUACGUUGGUUUCCCAAACCUGAGUUGGAUUCAAUCAAUAAAACAGCGUUGAAUACAAAAGAAACUAAAGCGCACAUUGAAGGACUCGCUGAAAAUACGGAAUAUGGGUUUCAAGUUCGUUGCAAGACAUUAAAUGGAUAUGGUACUUACAGUAACAUAGUUUAUGCGCAAACCCACCAGGGCGUGGAUUCUGGAUAUGAUGACUCUAUACACAUGCGUAUUGUUGCGGGUGCUACUGUUGCUGUUGUUUUUAUAUUAGUUCUAGUGAUUGUUGCAACAGUAUUGUUCUUGCGGUCAAAGAAUCAAGACGAUCUUGAUAAAAAGUCUAGCAAUCACUUGCCAUUGCCUCUAGAUUACGCUAGCAAUGAAGUUCAUGCCAUGGAUACUACGCCAAUCGUUAAAACCAUUCAAUCUAAUGUGACUACACCUUUAUUUGGAAAUAGUCGAAGUUAUGUUGACCCUCAUACAUAUGAAGAUCCUAAUCAAGCCAUACGUGAAUUUGCACGCGAAAUCGACGCUAAUUAUAUAACAAUUGAAGCUAUUAUAGGUGGAGGCGAGUUUGGUGAUGUGUGUCGUGGACGUUUAAAAAUCCCUCCUAAUUUUGUUCAAGAUAUUGAUGUUGCAAUCAAAACUUUAAAACCAGGUUCAUCUGAAAAAGCUCGCUGUGACUUUUUAACAGAGGCUUCAAUAAUGGGUCAAUUUGAUCACCCUAACGUCAUAUAUCUUCAAGGUGUGGUUACUCGUUCCAAUCCCGUUAUGAUUAUUACCGAGUAUAUGGAAAAUGGUAGCCUCGAUACGUUUUUACGGGUAAAUGAUGGGAAAUUUCAAACUUUGCAGUUAAUUGUCAUGUUACGUGGCAUAGCCAGUGGAAUGGCGUAUCUAAGUGACAUGAAUUACGUCCAUCGCGACUUAGCAGCUCGAAAUGUGCUAGUCAAUGCUCAACUUAUAUGUAAAAUUGCGGAUUUCGGUUUAUCGCGCGAAAUAGAAAAUGCUAGUGACGCGUACACAACUCGGGGUGGUAAAAUACCAGUUCGCUGGACAGCACCGGAAGCUAUAGCUUUUCGUAAAUUUACGUCGGCAUCAGAUGUAUGGUCUUAUGGCGUGGUUUUGUGGGAAGUUAUGUCGUAUGGGGAGCGGCCUUAUUGGAACUGGUCAAAUCAGGAUGUCAUAAAGAGUAUAGAAAAGGGUUACAGACUUCCGGCCCCUAUGGACUGCCCGGAAGCAUUAUAUCAAUUAAUGCUUGAUUGCUGGCAAAAGCAACGUACUCACCGGCCUACGUUUUCAAGUAUAGUUUCAACUUUGGAUAAUUUAGCCCGACAACCGCAGGCACUGCUAACAACAAGAAAUUCACCCGAAAACGAUGGUUCACAUAUCUUAGAAGGACAGCGUGGUCACAACAUAUUUAUAAGUACAGACUUGUGGUUGGAAAACAUUAAAAUGUCCCGCUAUUCACAACAUUUCAAGGAAGCUAAUUUGGUGACUGCCCAACAGAUCUCUCGGUUAACGGCACAACAAUUAUCCGAUAUGGGUAUAACUUUAGUAGGACAUCAAAAAAAGAUUUUACAUCAAGCCAGACAGUUGGACACUAUAAUUUAGAAAAAAAAAGUAUUUGUAGACUCAUUCAGUGUAUAUAUAACAUUAUUAUUAUUAAAAAAUCGUUCAAAAUAAUAAGUAUUAUAUUAUCUGAAUAUGCGCGGAUAAGCAUAAGAAAUUCGUUAAAACAACUAUAUCUUUUUAUUUAUUUUUAAUAUCACUCGUAGAUAUCUAUAAUCUACUACAUCAACGUAUUUUUUAUAAAUAUUUGUACUCAAGGUUUGAUUUCUAGACAAUUAGCUCUUUAACCGAGAUAUUUUCUCAAUGCCAUGCCAUGGAAAUAUAAAAUUCUUGUAUGAUACAUUUGAACACAUCUGUCUAACUCCACUAUUUAAACCUAAAAUUUGGGUUAUUAUAGAAAAUAUGUAAUAAGGUGUAAAUAAUGCAAUUGAGAUAUUGAUAUAAAGGAAUUACUUAAAUUGCAUGUAUCCCGUACGAACAUAUGACAAGUGACCAGUUUUCCACUAGUAUAUUAUUAGUCUGGGUUUCAAAUGAAGAGAAGUGGAAGAAAUUAAGUUUAAUUUUUCAAUACUUUACUGCUUUUGAAUUAUUCCCAAGAAGAGUUCAAGAUGAAUAUUAUCUAAAUAAAUUGUACAAAUAACUUUUACCAAAUUAACAUUCCUGCUGCCAGUUUAGCAUACCAAUUACAAACUUGCUAUUAUUUUGCAUAACAUUUUUUAAAUCAUGCAUUAUUAAAUUUGUCGCAAAAUAGACAAAAAUAAUCGAAAUUAAUUUGUUGUGUUGAAUACAAUAUUAUAACGGGUAGAAUAACUUUAAUUACUAUCGCUUCAAUAUUUUUCUUAGAUUAUUUAUUUUUCAGAACUAAGAACGGUAUAUUGAUAAUAGGUAAAGGAGAAGUAUAUCUAUAAAUUUUCAUUGACGUCCAAAAUUAUAAUUUAAUUAUAUUUCAGUUGAAGUAGAUCUUUAAUGUUUUUGUUGCUGUUGUAAUGCCAUGAACUAAUAGUGUUGUUGUGGAAUCAGAAAUAGUUUUUAGUAGGUGUAAUUAAUUCUUAUAAAAUUGGUUUGAAGUGCGGAUUAGAAUACUUAUUGCAAAAAGACAACAAUGGAAAUGCAGCGGAUUAUUACGAUUCCGUAAAAUUUUUGUUUUUUACUUUAUUCACAAUUUUUUCUUUGUAUAAAGCUUUUGAGUUUGAAAUUUAUGAAAUUCUUUAAUUUUUAUUUUGUGAGUUUUGUAUCAUUAAUAAAUAAUGACAUGGCACUCAUUCGAAUAUUAAUUUUGCUUAUAUUCCAAAAGUAAAAGAAAAUUCAAUCUACAUUUGAUUCCACUACAACCCUGAAUAAAAACUCACUUAUUCUAAGAGUAGCAUUUAUUGUGCAAAUAUUGGUUCUCUAUUCCCCAUCGACCUAUCGGUAGAUAAUCUACAAAAGCUCUCUGAAUUUCAAUCGUUAGCCAAGAUGUGACAAUGUGUUGUGUUGCAACUAUAAUACACAUUCCACAAGUUGGCAGUCCUUCGCCGGUUAAAAUUUGCGGACCAUUCCGAUUAGCUAGACCCGAAACGGAUUAUUUAAACAUUACUUCGUAGUGAUUUAUGUCCAAUUUUCCUUUUAAUUCAGCUUUGUUCUUUCAUAUCAUUAUUUGGUCUGUCUGUAUUUAAUUUAUUUUUUCGAUUUUGUUUUCAAUUAGUAUAUUUUAGAAAGAGUGUGCAAUCAAAUUCUGGUAUAUUUCAAUACUUUUGUUGAUGAUAACAUUUAUUAAGUUAUUUUAUUAAAGCGUCCAUCUGAUAAUUGAUACCUAUAACGGUUUGGACAGCCAUGAAUUGGGAUAAGUAAGCUGGACCUGUAUCUUAAUAUGUAUCAUUCUUAAAAGAUCUUGACAUAAUAAAUAAAUAUAUUUGAGUAAGUUUUUUAGUUAUUUUAAAAAUUAUAUAUUAAUAAAAAAUUAAAAUAUGGUUAAGAAAAAAAUAAGUUGCUUGAACGAUUGAGAAUUAGUGAGUUUUGAUAAUAUAUUAUUGUAUAUGCUUAGAAGAAGGAAACUAUUUGGUUUGGUAUUAUUUAACUAUUCUUGUCAAUAUGGCUUGGUAGAAGCAAUAUAUGGGCUUGCAACUUAUAAGUGCAAAAGCAAAAUACAAAUUACUAAAACUAUCAUAUAGAGGAAUUAGUUACAUAAGUAUUUCGAUAUUUAAUUCAACGCCUCUGAGUACCCGCUAUAAAAAUCAAAAAUUAACUAUAAAAACCAAAACUUAAAAGUCAAACGUUUAUGUUUUGCAAGUAAUGAAAUAAAUAUUUACAAUAUCGAAUAAACUUCAAGAAAGGGGAAGGCGUGUUACAAAGCAAUAUUUGAGUAGAGUAUAUUGAAUCGUUAAUUAUAACUCUUCUUCAGUUUGAAAUUUUUAAAUCCUGUGCUAUAUAUAGUAUAUAGUUCUAUAAUGACAGAAAUACAUAUUGUACUCUUGCACUUGACUCUUGUAAUUAAUCGUUAGAGGAUCGAAACGAAAAUUGCUAAUAAAAUAUAUACAAUAAAAGCAAUACAUUUUAUAUCAUAAAACUAAAAGUGUUCAUGUUUUUACAAAAAUAAAAAAUAAAUUAAGUAAAAACGGUAAUCGCAAUAGUAUCCAAUUGUGAUAUACUGGGAAAAAAACUGAGGAUCGCAAACUUAACCUGAUCUACAUUACGACCCGGGAAUGAGAUUUGUACGUCAGGUAACUACUGAAUACAAACUUAGCCGUUGUUAAUUUCAGUAUAUUCUCGCGCCGCAGCUAGUCGUUUUAAAUGGUAAGAUCACUCUUAAUAUUUUACUAAAUAUAUAUUAUAAAACUAUAAAACACGCUUUAAAAAUAAAUCAAACUGAAAAAAUUAAAAUAAUUCUAGAUAUAAGCUGACAAUAAUAACGCUAUCGACAAAAUCGACUUUUUUCUGGAAUGUAUUUAGUUUUCAAAUAAUACUUACUUUAGUAUUUCUUGUAUGGUUACAUCACUUGGGUGUAGUGAUGAGCGAUAUUGCUAUUUUUGAAUCACUGUGAUUUCAGUGAUUGCUAUUUUUAAAUCACUGUGAUUUUGUAUUGCUAUUGCGAUCACAACAAAAAAAAACGAAUUUAUGAGAAUUUAUACUCCACAUUUUUUUUUUUUUAAUUUUUUACAUUUACAUUUUUAUUAAUUUUAACAAAAUCCAAAAUUUACCUGCUUUUGUAAUAACAAUUAUUUAAUUAAUAAAUUUUAGGUACAUUUAACUGCUUUUGUAAUCACCGUACCCAAAAUUAUCAAAAUCACAACUAAAAUUUCUACUGUGAUCACCGAACAGUGAUUGCUACUUUCGAACUGAUAUUGUUACUGGACAGUGAUCGCUAUUUUCGAACUGAUAUUGCUACUGAACAGUGACUGCUACUUUCGAACUGAUAUUGUUACUGAACCGUGAUUGCUACUUUCGAACUGAUAUUGUUACCGAAAGCGAUUGAUACUUUCGAACUGCUAUUGCUACUGAACAGUGAUUGAUACUUUCGAACUGGUAUUGCUACUGAACUGUGAUCAAAGAACGUAUAAUAAUAAGAAGGAGCAAAUGUUAGCUAUGCCAAAAUGUUAUUUGACAUUAGGGAACAUCGAAAAAAUUUCGAACACUAUAAAGGCACACACCACUCAAAAGGGGAACAAAUCGAAUAUGUUUACCACUCGAUAAGGGAACCAAGCAAGUGUAUACCACAAUAUAAAGGAACAUGAGAACAGAGAUUGCUUGCGCAGCUGAUCUUGCUCAUAUGCAUUAGGGAAUAUUAGAUAAAUUUGUAAUAAAAAGCAAUUGACUUAUGGGAGAAUGUAAAAAUAAUCAAGGUAAUUCUGAUUAAUUUUAAAGUAAAAUAAAAUAUAAAAAAACAUAAAAAUAAAAUUGUAGAAUUUCUGGCGGGAUUUGAACUUCGGCAAAAUAUUUCAUAAAGUUGUCCUAUGCAGGAACAGUGAUCACAUUGAUCUCUGGUUGUCUAUGACAAACCAAAUUCAUUUAAUUAAGUAUGUAUGUAAAUUUAUACUGAAUUCCAUAUUUUUUCUAAUGCCAACAGAGAUGUACACGCAUGCAAGCAUACACACAUACAUAUGUUCCUCACAAUUCCUUCUAACGAUUACUUGCAAAAAAUGAAUAAAAAACGCGCAAGUUACACAAACAACAACCAAUCGUAUGCGCAAGUGCUUUAUGAUUGGUCAAUAUUUGCGCUUGCGCUACAUAUGUAUUCUAAUUAGAACAUUUGAAUGUUUCUGCUACAACAAAAACAAUUUCAUUCAUAAGGAACGCGCGUCUUCCAAAAAGUAAAGUGCGUGAUCUCGCAACUCAGCGUCGCACUUCUUUUUAUGGGCGCCUGGUAAAGCAAAAAUCGUUUUAGUAUGAUGAUAAUGCGAAAUCUUCUAACGAGGGAUGACAAAAAUUUAUUUCAAUUUUAAGAGUCAACCAACCAUUGACCCCCGCAUAUUCAAGCCGCCCACAAGUUAUUUCUUCACGACGAUGCUAAAAAUCAAGGUUGUUCACAUCAGAAGUGAAAAGUGGCAACAUAGCCCUUCCCAAAUAUAAAAGAUUCUUCAAUCAAUUCUGUGGAGGCUUGCAAAUCAAUGUUCAGAAGAAUGCAUAUCCCUUAUCCUUUAUUUUCGAUUUAGCCUAUUUUAGCUGAAACUCAGCGGCAUGAAACGUAGGCAAAUCGAACAUUACAUUACUAUAAAAGUAGCGUAUGCCACAAUUCAAGAACAAAACCCUGCAAAAGAAACAAAUGUGACAACAUAGCCGACAUUGCCUCUAGAUUGUCGAUUUGAAAUAUUUUUGUCAAUUCCUAGUCGACUCGCACAAUUCGACAUCAAUAUGUAUGUGAGCACAUCUGUACGUUUGCGGGCAAAGUUGUCAGGGGUAAGGGAAGCGGUCAUUUACUUAUUUGCAACAUUUUGCUACAACUCAACAACAGCACAAUGUAGCGUCACGCCGCCUUCGCGCAAAAUCGCCGUUACACCUUCGACACAACACCAUGGGCAGAGGCGUUUCAACGGAGGGUUUUCUAUAAAUGCUAGAUACCUAUUUGUAUUGCGAAGUAUUGAUAUAUUAAGGGGUCAUUUAAUUAAGAAUAUAUGAAUUCAAAAUAAUUCUUAAAUUUUGUUCAAUUCUGUAUAAUUUAAUCCAGUAAUAAAUAUAUCAGUAGGAUCAUUAGGGGACCACUCCGCCUCGACCCCUCCUUGCCAUCGACCAUCAACUGUACUCGAGGAAAAGGCAAAAGUGACGACAAGCGUAUGUGUAUUGAUUAAUGUGUGCGUGAAUCUGAAUUGCGUUCAUUGGCAUAAACGUUUUGCUGGAUUUUUGGCAGAUGAGCAAAUAUUUUCAUGAAAUAUUAUAAUUAUUAAAAUAAAGAAAAUAUGCUAUUGAAAUUACUAUAUAAAGGUAGAUCUGCAAAAAAUCCUUUAAAAAAAAGAUGAUUAAAAAAAUUCAGUAUUACAGAAUUUGAACAUAAAUGCUCGGAAUCGCAUUUCGUUAACUCCUUCGCGUUUACAAUCUGCGCUAUAGCGAAAAUGAAAAUGCGCGCGCCUUAGUCAGUGUUUUGUUCAGAUCACUUGCGUCUGUUUGUAUCAUUGUUCCCAGUUCGCUGAUGCUGUGGUGUACUUUUUUCUUUCGAAGUGACGAGUUUUCGAUGUUCCCUUAUAAUUUCGCACUCAAAAAGUUGAGAGUUAACAUUUGCUCCUUCUUAUUAUUAUACGUUCUUUGUCACUACUUGGGUGUGAGCCACUGUAUAUGCGUACAUAAAUAUACUGAGGUAGUCAAAAUUAUUUACACAUCGAACGUUUUUUACAAGUUUCACAGAAUAAACUUUUGCUUGUUGUUGUCACAGGGCAACAAAAAUAUUUGUUGUUGUAAACCUUGAUCUAUUCCUGAGCGAAUGAAGUCAGUUUGGCUAGCAUAGCUAGAAAUAUGGCAGAGAAAUACGCAAAUGAACUGAUGACUCGCAGUUGUCAAAAGUAUUUACACAUAUUUUUUUUUGCGUCAAAAGUAUUUACACACGAAUUAAACUGUAUUAUCCUGUUCCUAAUGAAUGAUCAUUUUAUAAAUUUUAAUGUUCAGUCAAAGUUCCAAUUCUAAGACGAUAAAUUCAUAAUUGGUUACAUUACCAUUGGCAUCUAUAACAGCUUGCUUUAUGGCCCGAAUUGGUUCAACCCAAUUGUGCGCAAAGUUAACAGUUAAUUUAGACCAAAUGUCGGUAAUUUCAGCGUUUUCUGUUAUUAUAUUUAUUGUCCUCUGAUAUUUAACGAAAUCUCAAAUAUUUUCAAUAAGUUUUGGUCAAGCCUGUGCAGGAGGUCAACGUUGAACGUUUGAAACUUUUGUAGGUAAAGAUCCUUUAUGAAAUGGAGCAUUGUCCUGUUGUAAAAUGUAGUAAAUAGUUGGAAAAGGCCGAAUAAGCACUACAAUGGCAUGGCCAUGUGAUUUCUGAUAUAUCGGGAUGAUUUAGGGUCCCUAAAUUACUAGCAAAUGUCCAAAACUUAUGUAAGGCCUAAUCCGCAUAUUUCUUAUUUUCACGUGAUAAAAGCAAAAUUCACAUUAUCUCCCCACGACAAUCUCUUGGAUCUAAUUUAAGGCAAAUUACUGGCAUAUCGCUUUUUUAUUUUCGGAAACCACUUUCCACAAAACGUCAGUUAUUUAUGUUAACUUUUUUUAAUUUCCUCAGCAGUGUAGCAUCAUUGACUGUUCAUGCAAUAUGUUGAUUCGAUGCUGAUGCAAUAUUAACAGGACUAAUUGUGGGAUUUUGUAUGACAGUUCCUACUAAUCUUCUGCAUUUCCUUUGAGUUAUCACAGGUUUCCGCCCAGUAAUCUUUAAAUUGCACUUGCAAUAUUUCGUAUACUUUUUUUAAUAACAUUAUGAACAGUAUUCCAUCAAAUUCUAUAAAUUUUAACUAACUCCGAAGCCGAAACCCCAGUCUUAAACUUAGUACGAUCUAGUUAAAUAUAUACAUACAUAUAUAAAAAUGAAACCCGUUUUCCGUUGUCACGACAUAGCAUGAAAACGGCUUGACCGAUUUGGAUGAUUUUUUUUUUUUUUUGCUGGAUUUUUGGCAGAUGAGCAAAUAUUUUCAUGAAAUAUUAUAAUUAUUAAAAUAAAGAAAAUAUGCUAUUGAAAUUACUAUAUAAAGGUAGAUCUGCAAAAAAUCCUUUAAAAAAAAGAUGAUUAAAAAAAUUCAGUAUUACAGAAUUUGAACAUAAAUGCUCGGAAUCGCAUUUCGUUAACUCCUUCGCGUUUACAAUCUGCGCUAUAGCGAAAAUGAAAAUGCGCGCGCCUUAGUCAGUGUUUUGUUCAGAUCACUUGCGUCUGUUUGUAUCAUUGUUCCCAGUUCGCUGAUGCUGUGGUGUACUUUUUUCUUUCGAAGUGACGAGUUUUCGAUGUUCCCUUAUAAUUUCGCACUCAAAAAGUUGAGAGUUAACAUUUGCUCCUUCUUAUUAUUAUACGUUCUUUGUCACUACUUGGGUGUGAGCCACUGUAUAUGCGUACAUAAAUAUACUGAGGUAGUCAAAAUUAUUUACACAUCGAACGUUUUUUACAAGUUUCACAGAAUAAACUUUUGCUUGUUGUUGUCACAGGGCAACAAAAAUAUUUGUUGUUGUAAACCUUGAUCUAUUCCUGAGCGAAUGAAGUCAGUUUGGCUAGCAUAGCUAGAAAUAUGGCAGAGAAAUACGCAAAUGAACUGAUGACUCGCAGUUGUCAAAAGUAUUUACACAUAUUUUUUUUUGCGUCAAAAGUAUUUACACACGAAUUAAACUGUAUUAUCCUGUUCCUAAUGAAUGAUCAUUUUAUAAAUUUUAAUGUUCAGUCAAAGUUCCAAUUCUAAGACGAUAAAUUCAUAAUUGGUUACAUUACCAUUGGCAUCUAUAACAGCUUGCUUUAUGGCCCGAAUUGGUUCAACCCAAUUGUGCGCAAAGUUAACAGUUAAUUUAGACCAAAUGUCGGUAAUUUCAGCGUUUUCUGUUAUUAUAUUUAUUGUCCUCUGAUAUUUAACGAAAUCUCAAAUAUUUUCAAUAAGUUUUGGUCAAGCCUGUGCAGGAGGUCAACGUUGAACGUUUGAAACUUUUGUAGGUAAAGAUCCUUUAUGAAAUGGAGCAUUGUCCUGUUGUAAAAUGUAGUAAAUAGUUGGAAAAGGCCGAAUAAGCACUACAAUGGCAUGGCCAUGUGAUUUCUGAUAUAUCGGGAUGAUUUAGGGUCCCUAAAUUACUAGCAAAUGUCCAAAACUUAUGUAAGGCCUAAUCCGCAUAUUUCUUAUUUUCACGUGAUAAAAGCAAAAUUCACAUUAUCUCCCCACGACAAUCUCUUGGAUCUAAUUUAAGGCAAAUUACUGGCAUAUCGCUUUUUUAUUUUCGGAAACCACUUUCCACAAAACGUCAGUUAUUUAUGUUAACUUUUUUUAAUUUCCUCAGCAGUGUAGCAUCAUUGACUGUUCAUGCAAUAUGUUGAUUCGAUGCUGAUGCAAUAUUAACAGGACUAAUUGUGGGAUUUUGUAUGACAGUUCCUACUAAUCUUCUGCAUUUCCUUUGAGUUAUCACAGGUUUCCGCCCAGUAAUCUUUAAAUUGCACUUGCAAUAUUUCGUAUACUUUUUUUAAUAACAUUAUGAACAGUAUUCCAUCAAAUUCUAUAAAUUUUAACUAACUCCGAAGCCGAAACCCCAGUCUUAAACUUAGUACGAUCUAGUUAAAUAUAUACAUACAUAUAUAAAAAUGAAACCCGUUUUCCGUUGUCACGACAUAGCAUGAAAACGGCUUGACCGAUUUGGAUGAUUUUUUUUGUAGUUUUCUAAUACUCUGUACAAGGCUCUUACGGAAAAAUACAGUGGAACUUCCAUAACUCGAACUUUUGAAUAGGCAAUAGCGCUUAGAAAUCAAAUUUCAUACAAAUUUCCUUCCAUAACUCGAACUUCUAUAACUCGAAGUUCUCCAUAACUCGAACUCUUGAAAUGGCAAUAGAAGUAAAAUUUCACACAAAAUUCAUUCCAUAAAUCGAACUUUUUGACCAGGGCAUAAUACAAAAUUUAAAAUUUUACUAUCAAGGCAUAUUUUAAAAGAGCAUCUCUAUAUCUUAUGGAGGCAAAAAAAAUAUAUGAUAUUAUACUUAUGGAUUGCAUAAAUCAGGUAACAAUGGUAUGGGAUACAGACGUCAAGAGCCAAACAAUUGCAAAGUGCUACAAACAAAAUUACAGAAUAAAUAUUUUAACAGAUGUACAUAUGUAUGCUUUAUGCGAAGUAAAUAAAUAAAACUGUGCAUAUACAGCUAUAUUUUACAGCUUUUUGAAAAAUUUCAUGUUUUAAUGAAAAUUCUAUAACACGAAAUCUCUCUAACCCGAUGUAUUUUUGUGAUUCGAGUUGGAGCAGUUCCACUGUAUUAAGAAAAUCUCGCAAAAAGAUUGAAAAAUAUACAUUUAAUCCUUAUAUAAUCAUUGAACUCCUCCCAAACGGCUGGACCGAUUUCACUAAUUCUUUUUUGUGUGUAUCCCAGGGGAAUUAAGGAUGGUUCUUACGGAGAGAAAAAUUAAAAAAAAAUUGCCUGAAAAAGUAUAAAAUUCACAUUUUUCUAAUCUUCCAUGCAAACAAUUUGUAUUCUAUAGAUAAACAAGUAAGGAAAGGCUAAGUUCGGGUGCAACCGAACAUUUUAUACUCUCGCAAUUUAUUGAAGAAAUUUAACCAAUACAUAUAUGCGGAAUAAAACUCACCUUAUUUUUGAAAAACCUAUAAUUAGGUAUAUGGGAGCUAGGAGAAGAUACUUUUGAAAAACCUACAAUGAGGUAUAUGGAAAUGUUAUGACCCGAUUUUAAUAAUUUUUGGAACAGAGACACACUAUUAGAAGAAAACAAUUUCCUCUGAAUUAAAUUGAGAUAUCUGAGAGAUUUACCCAUAUUUUCGGUUAAAAUUUAUCCUUAGGCGCUGAGUUCAACAUGUUCGAUAUCUGGGGCCUUGAAAAGUUAUGGUCCGUUUUCGACAAUUCCUUCACAAGUGAAGCCAGAGAUUAUAUGCACUAAUUGUGUAAAGUUUUAUUCCGUUAUCUUCAUUGGUUCCUUAUGUUUACAUUAUAAAGUGAAGGAAUAAGAUGGAUUUCAAAAUUGAGUUAUAAGGAAAGUAGUAGUGGUUGUGAACCGAUUCCCAUUUUUUUGUCCAGGGUGUCAAGAAAAUAUUAUAUACCGAAUUUCAUUCGAAUCGGUCGAGUAGUUCCUGAGAUAUGGUUUUUGACCCAUAAGUGGGCGAUGCCACGCCCAUUUUCCAUUUUGUAAAAAAAUCUGAGUACAGCUCCCUUCUGCUAUUUCUUUUGCAAAAUUUAGUGUUUCUGACGUUUUUCGUUAGUUAGUUAACCCACUUUUAGUAAUUUUCAACCUAACCUUUGUAUGGGAGGUGGGUGUGGUUAUUAUCCGAUUUCAACUAUUUUCAUGGUGUGUGGUGGGGUAUGUAAGAGACCCGACUGCAGAAAGUUUGGUUUAUAUAGCUUUAUUAGUUUGCGGGCUUUAUUAUUACAAAUAACCGAUUUGUGGGCGGGGCCACGCCCACUUCCCCAAAAAAAUACAUCCAAAUAUGCCUCCUCCUAGUGCGAUCCUUUAUUCCAAAUUUUACUUUUAUAUCUUCAUUUAUAUAUUAGUUAUGACUCUAUGUGUUAUUGGUUUUCGCCAUUUUGUGGACGUGGCAAUGGUCCGAUUCUGCCCAUUUUCGAACUUGAUCUUAUAUUUGUGCCAAGUUUCGUCAAGAUAUCUUAAUUUUUACUCAAGUUACAGCUUGAACCGACGGACAGACAUCCGGAUUUCAAAUCUACUCGUCAUCCUGAUCACUUUGGUAUAUUUGACUCUAUAUCUAACUCUUUUAGUUUUAGGUGUUACAAACAACCGUUAUGUGAACAAAACUAUAAUACUCUCGUAGCAACUUUUGUUGCGAGAGUAUAAAAACGAAUUGCUGUUCGUUAGUCUCGCAAAAAGUCGAGAACUUCCACACCGAUCUGUCUAAUUUUUGUCUUGAAAUAUUCGAGCAUGGUCAAGAAAGGUUUAGAAAGUAAGUAAAUAUAGAAAAUUUGCGCGGAAGAUUGCAAUAAGAGAACUUUAUAUGAUUUGGCAACAAAGUUAAAAAAAAAUUUAAAACAAAUAAUAAUAAUAUUUUGAAGGUAGUCAUUGUUGCUUUGUUAAAAUAUUUUUGUCAAUGUUCAAUUGUAUAAGGUUGUGUCGAUAGACCAAAACAAUUUGUAACAAGUGAGGAAAGGCUAAGUUUGGGUGCAACCGAACAUUUUAUACUCUCGCAAUUUAGUGAUGUAAUUUUAUUAAGAUAAGGUGCAUGCAUCAGCUUCUUUGUAGAAUAUGGUCGGAAGAAAGCAUGCCUGACGAUUGGAAUCUUAGUGUGCUCUGCCCAAUCCAUAAGAAGGGAGACCCCACAAUCUGCGCCAACUACCGUGGUAUAAGUCUCCUCAAUAUCGCAUAUAAGGUUUUAUCGAGCGUAUUGUGUGAAAGACUAAAGCCCACCGUCAACGAACUGAUUGGACCUUAUCAGUGUGGCUUUAGACCUGGAAAAUCCACAAUGGACCAGAUAUUUACCAUGCGCUCAUGACUCACCAUCUUUUUAUCGAUUUUUAAGCUGCCUUCGAUAGCACGAAAAGGAGUUGCCUUUAUGCCGCGAUGUCUGAAUUUGGUAUCCCUGCAAAACUAAUACGGCUAUGUAAGCUGACGUUGAGCAACACCAAAAGCUCCGUCAGGAUCGGGAAGGACCUCUCCGAGCCGUUCGAUACCAAACGAGGCUUCAGACAGGGUGACUCACUAUCGUGCGACUUCUUCAAUCUAUUGCUGGAAAAAAUAAUACGAGCUGCAGAACUAAAUAGAGAGGGUACAAUCUUCUACAAGAGUGUACAGCUCCUGGCGUAUGCCGAUGAUAUUGAUAUCAUCGGAAGCAACAACCGCGCCGUUUGUUCUGCAUUUUCCAGACUAGAUAAAGAAGCGAAGCGUAUGGGUCUGGUGGUGAAUGAGGACAAGACGAAAUAUCUCCUGUCAUCAAACAAACAGUCAGCGCACUCGCGUCUUGGCUCCCACGUCACUGUUGACAGUCAUAACUUUGAAGUUGUAGAUAAUUUCGUUUAUCUGGGAACCAGCAUUAACAACACCAACAAUGUCAGCCUUGAAAUCCAACGCAGAAUCACUCUUGCCAACAGGUGCUACUUUGGACUGAGUAGGCAAUUGAAAAGUAAAGUCCUCUCUCGACGAACCAAAAUCAAACUCUAUAAGUCGCUCAUUAUUCCCGUCCUGAUGUAUGGCGCUGAAGCGUGGACGAUGACAACAUCCGAUGAGACGACUCUUGGGGUUUUCGAGAGAAAGGUUUUGCGCAAGAUUUAUGGUCCUCUAAACAUUGGCAACGGCGAAUACCGCAGACGAUGGAACGAUGAGCUGUACGAUUUAUACGACGAUAUUGACAUAGUUCAGCGAAUAAAAAGACAGCGGCUACGCUGGCUAGGUCAUGUUGUACGGAUGGAAGAAAACACUCCAGCUCUGAAAGUAUUCGAUGCAGUACCCGCUGGAGGAAGCCGCGGAAGAGAACGACCUCCACUCCGGUGGAAAGACCAAGUGCAAAGUGACCUGGCUUCACUUGGUGUUUCCAGUUGGCGCCAAAAAGCAAAAAGGAGGAAUGAGUGGCGCGCUCUGGUGGAUUCGGCUAUAAUCGCUUAAAGCGGUUCCUACGCCAAAUAUAUAUAUAUAUAACACACAAUACUGACCCAUAUAUUCAUAAAGAAGAAUAUAAUAACGAAAAUCAUCAUAUGUAUAUUGUAUAUGAAGACCGUGGUAAUUCCUGAACUGAUUUCACUCAUUUUCACCAUCAAAGCAUAACGGGAAUAAGGGCAAAUUGGCAACCUGUUAGUCGGCUGUAGGCAAACUGUACAUUCGGCAUUGAAAUUACUCCUUAAUUGCAAAUCAACGAAACCCCGGUUUGCAAAAUCGCCAAAAAUAGCGCUAUAGCGAAGAUUCUCCAAAUAUGCAAGUUGAUAAUUUGGGAAGUACGGCGCAUAAAAAAUCGCUUAUUUAUACAUACAAGUGUUUUUGCAAAAAGAUCAAACUGCGAUUGUAGAAGCAGUUUUAGAUAUUGGAAUUGGUAAAGUCACAGUUGACACCUCGAUGGAUUAAUAACAUUUCAAACAGAUUUCUGUCUCUUUCCGGCCAUAAAACAACAAUAUAAUACCCAUAAUUGGCUGAGUGAACCCCAUAAUUGGCUGAGUGAACGACCAAGAUUGAUUGUAUAUCUUAGCCACAAAACGUGUGGCCGGGUCUGCUAGUAAUCGAUCAUUCCUUUGUUUUCAGCGUUUUAUUUACCAAUUUUCAUAUUUUAAGGCUGAGUUAGGUUGUUAUGAAUGCAAUAGAAUCCAAUUACUAGUCUUGCUCAAACCAAAUCAAAACGUAAAGGCUAAAUCGCCGUGUGUAAAUACUUUUGACGCAAAAAAAUGUGUGUAAAUACUUUUGACUACUGCGAGUCUUCAGCUCAUUUGCUUUUUUCUCUGAUAUAUUUCUAGCUAUUCUUCCCAAACCGACUUCAUUCGCUCAGGCAUACAUACAUAGAUCAAGGUUUAGAACAACAUAGCAUUUUGCGAUAACAACAACCAGCAAAAGCUUUUUCUGUGAAAGUUGUAAAAAAACAUAAGAAUCAUCACAAAAAUAUGUUUUAGACAUUGUUUCAAAUAUUUCUUAAUUUUUAUGUAAUUUCAUAUUUAACCGUACCACUUUUUUAGUAACUACACCUUCAUUAGGAAAUCGUCGAAGUUAUGUUGACCCUCAUACAUAUGAAGAUCCUAAUCAAACAGUUGAAGCUAUUAUAGGUAAAUAAUAAAAACAUAAAUUUUAUGCAAUGUAAAUAAUAAAAAUUAUUGUUAGGUGGAGGCGAGUUUGGUGAUGUGUGUCGUGAACGUUUAGAAAUCUUAUUUUGUUCAAGAUAUUCAGGGUUGUUGUGGAAUCUGACAGUUGUCGGAAUCAGAAUUCAAACCGACAAAAAAUUCUGGUUCUUGUCAUGAAUUCUGAUAUUAAAUUCUAUUGAUUUUAGGUGUCAUGGAAACCAAUUUUAGCGGUUGAACUAUCAGAAACAAACCAAGAGCUUUAGGGCUGACAGAUUUGAGACAUUUUGUUCAAAUUUAUUUUGAUUUGCCGUUAAAACGCUUUGGAAAAAAUAUAAUUAUUAUUAAAAAAUAAGAUAAGAACGCUAAAUGAUGUAAUUAUUUAAUUCAACGGAAAAAAUAAAAUAUUCUAAGACUUUUACAAAAUAAGUAAUUCAGAUUAGAUCAUGGAAAUAUCUAACUUUUUAUAUAAAAGUUAAACAAUAUACAGUGGAACUUCCAUAACUCGAAGAUCUCCAUUACUUGAACUUUUACAUUGGCAAUAGCGUUUAAAAAUCAAAUUUUCUUCCAUAACUCGAACUCUUGAAGUGACAUUGAAAGGCAAUUCCAUACAAAUUUCCUAGAAGUUUUUUUGUGGAUUAUGGUGAUUCGAGUUAGAUAAGUUCCACUGUACAUAUACACUUAAAUAUGUACAUUUUUACAUACAAUUUUUUUAUGACUUUAUUUUAAAGCGCCAUUGCCAAAUAAAAUAAAAGCUGAAAUAAUUUCUCUUUUUAAUUAUAUUUUUUUGGUUUAAUGAAUCUUUUGAACUAAUUAUAUGAUUAUAAUCCAAAAACAUGUCUUGCUAAUUUUUCCCCAUGAAUAAAUAGCAGAACAGCUGAUUCGAAUAUUGGUUUGCUUAUAUUCGAAAAGACGAAAAUCCAAUCAGAUUCUGUGACACCAAUGAAAAUCAGAAUUGGUUUGGCAUUGUGACAUUCAGCAAAUCUGUCUUGGAUUCCACAACACCCCUGAUUGAUGUUGCAAUCAAAACUCUAAAACCAGGUACCGUAGCUUAAACAUACACUUUAGCAUACCACGUUUAGUGGUAAAUUACCAAAGAACGUAUAAUAAUAAGAAGGAGCAAAUGUUAGCUAUGCCAAAAUGUUAUUUGACAUUAGGGAACAUCGAAAAAAUUUCGAACACUAUAAAGGCACACACCACUCAAACGGGGAACAAAUCGAAUAUGUUUACCACUCGAUAAGGGAACCAAGCAAGUGUAUACCACAAUAUAAAGGAACAUGAGAACAGAGAUUGCUUGCGCAGCUGAUCUUGCUCAUAUGCAUUAGGGAAUAUUAGAUAAAUUUGUAAUAAAAAGCAAUUAACUUAUGGGAGAAUGUAAAAAUAAUCAAGGUAAUUCUGAUUAAUUUUAAAGUAAAAUAAAAUAAAAAAAACAUAAAAAUAAAAUUGUGGAAUUUCUGGCGGGAUUUGAACUUCGGCAAAAUAUUUCAUAAAGUUGUCCUAUGCAGGAACAGUGAUCACAUUGAUCUCUGGUUGUCUAUGACAAACCAAAUUCAUUUAAUUAAGUAUGUAUGUAAAUUUAUACUGAAUUCCAUAUUUUUUCUAAUGCCAACAGAGAUGUACACGCAUGCAAGCAUACACACAUACAUAUGUUCCUCACAAUUCCUUCUAACGAUUACUUGCAAAAAAUGAAUAAAAAACGCGCAAGUUACACAAACAACAACCAAUCGUAUGCGCAAGUGCUUUAUGAUUGGUCAAUAUUUGCGCUUGCGCUACAUAUGUAUUCUAAUUAGAACAUUUGAAUGUUUCUGCUACAACAAAAACAAUUUCAUUCAUAAGGAACGCGCGUCUUCCAAAAAGUAAAGUGCGUGAUCUCGCAACUCAGCGUCGCACUUCUUUUUAUGGGCGCCUGGUAAAGCAAAAAUCGUUUUAGUAUGAUGAUAAUGCGAAAUCUUCUAACGAGGGAUGACAAAAAUUUAUUUCAAUUUUAAGAGUCAACCAACCAUUGACCCCCGCAUAUUCAAGCCGCCCACAAGUUAUUUCUUCACGACGAUGCUAAAAAUCAAGGUUGUUCACAUCAGAAGUGAAAAGUGGCAACAUAGCCCUUCCCAAAUAUAAAAGAUUCUUCAAUCAAUUCUGUGGAGGCUUGCAAAUCAAUGUUCAGAAGAAUGCAUAUCCCUUAUCCUUUAUUUUCGAUUUAGCCUAUUUUAGCUGAAACUCAGCGGCAUGAAACGUAGGCAAAUCGAACAUUACAUUACUAUAAAAGUAGCGUAUGCCACAAUUCAAGAACAAAACCCUGCAAAAGAAACAAAUGUGACAACAAAGCCGACAUUGCCUCUAGAUUGUCGAUUUGAAAUAUUUUUGUCAAUUCCUAGUCGACUCGCACAAUUCGACAUCAAUAUGUAUGUGAGCACAUCUGUACGUUUGCGGGCAAAGUUGUCAGGGGUAAGGGAAGCGGUCAUUUACUUAUUUGCAACAUUUUGCUACAACUCAACAACAGCACAAUGUAGCGUCACGCCGCCUUCGCGCAAAAUCGCCGUUACACCUUCGACACAACACCAUGGGCAGAGGCGUUUCAACGGAGGGUUUUCUAUAAAUGCUAGAUACCUAUUUGUAUUGCGAAGUAUUGAUAUAUUAAGGGGUCAUUUAAUUAAGAAUAUAUGAAUUCAAAAUAAUUCUUAAAUUUUGUUCAAUUCUGUAUAAUUUAAUCCAGUAAUAAAUCUAUCAGUAGGAUCAUUAGGGGACCACUCCGCCUCGACCCCUCCUUGCCAUCGACCAUCAACUGUACUCGAGGAAAAGGCAAAAGUGACGACAAGCGUAUGUGUACUGAUUAAUGUGUGCGUGAAUCUGAAUUGCGUUCAUUGGCAUAAACGUUUUGCUGGAUUUUUGGCAGAUGAGCAAAUAUUUUCAUGAAAUAUUAUAAUUAUUAAAAUAAAGAAAAUAUGCUAUUGAAAUUACUAUAUAAAGGUAGAUCUGCAAAAAAUCCUUUAAAAAAAAAGAUGAUUAAAAAAAUUCAGUAUUACAGAAUUUGAACAUAAAUGCUCGGAAUCGCAUUUCGUUAACUCCUUCGCGUUUACAAUCUGCGCUAUAGCGAAAAUGAAAAUGCGCGCGCCUUAGUGUUUUGUUCAGAUCACUUGCGUCUGUUUGUAUCAUUGUUCCCAGUUCGCUGAUGCUGUGGUGUACUUUUUUCUUUCGAAGUGGCGAGUUUUCGAUGUUCCCUUAUAAUUUCGCACUCAAAAAGUUGAGAGUUAACAUUUGCUCCUUCUUAUUAUUAUACGUUCUUUGAAAUUACUAUGCUUUAGGUUCAUCUGAAAAAGCUCGCUGUAACUUUUUAACAGAGGCUUCGAUAGUGGGUCAAUUUGAUCACCCUAUCUUCAAGGGGUGGUUACUCGUUCCAACGCCGUUAUGGUUAUUACCGAGUAUAUGGAAAAUUGUAUCCUCUAUUCGUUUUUACGGGUAAAUGAUGGGAAAUUUCAAACUUGGUACUUAAUUGUCAUGUUACGUGGCAUAGCCAGUUGAAUGUCGUAUCUAAGUGACAAGAAUUACGUCCAUCGCGAUUUAGCAGCUCGAAAUGUGCUAGCCAAUGCUCAACUUAUAUGUAGAAUUGCGGGUUAUAGACUUCCGGCCCCUAUGGACUGCCCGGAAGCAUUGUAUCAAUUAAUGCUUGAUUGCUGGCAAAAGCAACGUACUCACCGGCCUAAGUUUUCAAGUAUAGUUUCAACUUUGGAUACUUUAGCCCGACAACCGCAGGACCUGCUAACAACAAGAAAUUCACCCGAAAACGAUGGAUAACAUAUCUUAGAAGGACAGCGUGCUCACAACAUAUUUAUAAGUACAGAAAUGUGGUUGGAAAACAUUAAAAUGUCCCGCUAUUCACAACAUUUCAAGGAAGCAAAUUUGGUGACUGGCCAACAGAUCUCCCGGUUAACGGCACAACAAUUAUCCGAUAUGGGUAUAACUUUAGUAGGACAUCAAAAAAAGAUUUUACAUCAAGCCAGACAGUUGGACAUUAUAAUUUAGGAAAAAAAAAUUAUUUGUAGACUCAUUGCGUGUAUAUAUAACAUUAUUAUUAUUAAAAAAUCGUUCAAAAUAAUAAGUAUUAUAUUUUCUGAAUAUGCGCGGAUAAGCAUAAGAAAUUCGUUAAAACAACUAUAUCUUUUUAUUUAUUUUUAAUAUCACUCGUAGAUAUCUAUAAUCUACUACAUCAACGUAAUUUUUAUAAAUAUUUAUACUCAAGGUUUGAUUUCUAGACAAUUAGCUCUUUAACCGAGAUAUUUUCUCAAUGCCUAUAAUACAUGGAAAUAUAAAAUUCUUGUAUGAUAUAUUUGAACACAUCUGUCUAACUCCACUAUUUAAACCUAAAAUUUGGGUUAUUAUAGAAAAUAUGUAAUAAGGUGUAAAUAAUGCAAUUGAGAUAUUGAUAUAAAGGAAUUACUUAAAUUGCAUGUAUCCCGUACGAACAUAUGACAAGUGACCAGUUUUCCACUAGUAAAUUAUUAGUCUGGGUUUCAAAUGAAGAGAAGGGGAAGAAAUUAAGUUUAAUUUUUCAAUACUUUACUGCUUUUGAAUUAUUCCCAAGAAGAGUUCAAGAUGAAUAUUAUCUAAAUAAAUUGUACAAAUAACUUUUACCAAAUUAACAUUCCUGCUGCCAGUUUAGCAUACCAAUUACAAACUUGCUAUUAUUUUGCAUAACAUUUUUUAAAUCAUGCAUUAUUAAAUUUGUCGCAAAAAAAAAAAAAAAAAUAAUCGAAAUUAAUUUGUUGUGUUGAAUACAAUAUUAUAACGGGUAGAAUAACUUUAAUUACUAUCGCUUCAAUAUUUUUCUUAGAUUAUUUAUUUUUCAGAACUAAGAACGGUAUAUUGAUAAUAGGUAAAGGAGAAGUAUAUCUAUAAAUUUUCAUUGACAUCCAAAAUUAUAAUUUAAUUAUAUUUCAGUUGAAGUAGAUCUUUAAUGUUUUUGUUGCUUUUGUAAUGCCAUGAACUAAUAGUGUUGUUGUGGAAUCAGAAAUAGUUUUUAGUAGGUGUAAUUAAUUCUUAUAAAAUUGGUUUGAAGUGCGGAUUAGAAUACUUAUUGCAAAAAGACAACAAUGGAAAUGCAGCGGAUUAUUACGAUUCCGUAAAAUUUUUGUUUUUUACUUUAUUCACAAUUUUUUCUUUGUAUAAAGCUUUUGAGUUUGAAAUUUAUGAAAUUCUUUAAUUUUUAUUUUGUGAGUUUUGUAUCAUUAAUAAAUAAUGACAUGGCACUCAUUCGAAUAUUAAUUUUGCUUAUAUUCCAAAAGUAAAAGAAAAUUCAAUCUACAUUUGAUUCCACUACAACCCUGAAUAAAUACUCACUUAUUCUAAGAGUAGCAUUUAUUGUGCAAAUAUUGAUUCUCUAUUCCCCAUCGACCUAUCGGUAGAUAAUCUACAAAAGCUCUCUGAAUUUCAAUCGUUAGCCAAGAUGUGACAAUGUGUUGUGUUGCAACUAUAAUACACAUUCCACAAGUUGGCAGUCCUUCGCCGGUUGAAAUUUGCGGACCAUUCCGAUUAGCUAGACCCGAAACGGAUUAUUUAAACAUUACUUCGUAGUGAUUUAUGUCCAAUUUUCUUUUUAAUUCAGCUUUGUUCUUUCAUAUCAUUAUUUGGUCUGUCUGUAUUUAAUUUAUUUUUUCGAUUUUGUUUUCAAUUAGUAUAUUUUAGAAAGAGUGUGCAAUCAAAUUCUGGUAUAUUUCAAUACUUUUGUUGAUGAUAACAUUUAUUAAGUUAUUUUAUUAAAGCGUCCAUCUGAUAAUUGAUACCUAUAACGGUUUGGACAGCCAUGAAUUGGGAUAAGUAAGCUGGACCUGUAUCUUAAUAUGUAUCAUUCUUAAAAGAUCUUGACAUAAUAAAUAAAUAUAUUUGAGUAAGUUUUUUAGUUAUUUUAAAAAUUAUAUAUUAAUAAAAAAUUAAAAUAUGGUUAAGAAAAAAAUAAGUUGCUUGAACGAUUGAGAAUUAGUGAGUUUUGAUAAUAUAUUAUUGUAUAUGCUUAGAACUAUUUGGUUUGGUAUUAUUUAACUAUUCUUGUCAAUAUGGCUUGGUAGAAGCAAUAUAUGGGCUUGCAACUUAUAAGUGCAAAAGCAAAAUACAAAUUACUAAAACUAUCAUAUAGAGGAAUUAGUUACAUAAGUAUUUCGAUAUUUAAUUCAACGCCUCUGAGUACCCGCUAUAAAAAUCAAAAAUUAACUAUAAAAACCAAAACUUAAAAGUCAAACGUUUAUGUUUUGCAAGUAAUGAAAUAAAUAUUUACAAUAUCGAAUAAACUUCAAGAAAGGGGAAGGCGUGUUACAAAGCAAUAUUUGAGUAGAGUAUAUUGAAUCGUUAAUUAUAACUCUUCUUCAGUUUGAAAUUUUUAAAUCCUGUGCUAUAUAUAGUAUAUAGUUCUAUAAUGACAGAAAUACAUAUUGUACUCUUGCA